GGCAUUGCAUAGGAGGAAUGAUACUCCCUCCCUCCCUCCACCCGUAGCCUGACGAGCCAACAUCAUACCACGCUUCUCAUUAGUCCAUGUGUGGAUUCCCAGUCCCCCGUCUGCAUUAAUGCGAUUCAAUCGCCCUUUAAAUUCCAUCUCAAGAGGGGGAGAGUAAAACGAAAUCCAACUCCACCGGACACGCACACCCUUGCCACAGAUACAUCCUUACAGAAACUCACACACUAAACCCAACCCAUCGCAAACAAUCCGAUCCGUGCAUGCCAAGCCCCUCCAACAUGGGCAGCACCACCCCCCAGAAGAAAGACUUCACCGUCAGCAUCGUAGGCGGGGGAAUCGGCGGCCUCAGCCUAGCCGUCGGGCUGCUGCGACGCAACGUGCGCGUGCAGAUCUACGAGGCCGCCCCGGCCUUCGCAGAGAUCGGCCUGGGCCUGUCCAUCGGCCCCGCGGCGCACCGCGCCAUGCCCCUGAUCGAUCCCCAGAUCCGCGCCAUCUACGACUCCCUGGUGACCACGCACGCUGACAGUCCCGGCUACGAGGCCUUCCGGCAGACGUGGUUCGAGAUUGUCUGGGCGAGUGGCGACCAGGAGGGCGAGACGCUCAUGGACCUGAAGGCGCUGCCGUCGGGGCAGACGACGCUGCGAAGGGCGGAUUUUCUGGAGGCCCUGGUGGGACUGGUGCCGAAGGAGAUUGUGCACUUUGGGAAGAGGUUGGAGAGGUUGGUGGAGGGGAGGGACGGGGUGGAGUUGAGGUUUGAUGAUGGGACGGAGGUGUGUGCGGAUGUGGUGGUCGGGUGUGAUGGCAUCAAGUCGAAGGUCAAGGAGGCGAUUGUGCCGGAUGAGGCGCAGAGGCCGAGGUUCAGUGGCAUGUAUGCGUACCGCGCGGUGCUGGAUAUGGAGGAUAUGGUGAAGGCGGUUGGGGAUCAGCGCGCGCGCGUCUCGACCAUGUAUGUGGGGAAGGGGGCGUAUGGCAUCUCGUACCCCAUCAUGCGGGCGAAGAAGGUGAAUGUCGGGUUCUAUAUCUUGACGGAUACAUGGGACCAUGAGAGCUGGGUGCGACCGGCGAAGAAGGAGGAUAUGCGACGCGAUGCGAGUGGGAUGGGGCGAUACAUGCAGUCGCUUGUCGAGUACAUGCCGGAUCCCUCGCAAUGGGCGAUCUUCGAGCAUCCGCAUAUCUCGACGUACUGCAAGUCGAGGGUGGCGAUCCUGGGAGACGCCGCUCAUGCGUCUACGCCUCAUCAGGGCGCGGGUGCAGGCCAGGCGAUUGAAGAUGCACACGUCCUGGCGGAACUUCUCAGUGAUCCUCGAGUGUCGAGUGUAGGGGACGUGGAGGCCGCGUUUAAGGCGUACGAUGAGAUCCGACGACCUCGGAGUCAGCGCGUGGUGACCAGCAGCAAGGAGAAUGCCUAUCUGCUCUGUUUGUGCCUGGAGGGCGUGGAUGACGACGAGACGAAGCUAAAGGAGACAUUCCAGAAGCGACUGCGCUGGCUGUGGGAUCUGGAUGUACAGGGGCAGGCUGAUCAGGCGAGGGAGAAGAUGGGGGAGUAUUUGAAUGAUUCAUGAUGGAGAUGUUUGUAUGAGUUGACUGAGAUAAUUUAAUCUUUAUACGUGUGUUCAAGAAGAG